UGUCAGAGCAAAUCACCGACCGACAAAAAUACCGUCCACACACUAGAGUAUAAAAUACCGUCCAUUUGCUUUGAGCAAAAACCCCAUCACUCCAUCCUUCGGUCAUUUUUCCUUCAAUUAAGAUUAAGAAGGAAGAGUAACAUGCAUUUAGUAUGUCUGACCAUUUUUUACAUCAAGGAAAGGAUGACUUGCGGAUAAAAAGUUGCAGACUUUGUCGGAAUAACCGAAAAGUACCAUUAAUUUUUAGUUGGAACUCGGUUAAUUUGACGCUUUGCUAUCAUACUAAAUUUGGCGAUCAGAUAAAAAAUAAUCCAAAAAGUGAUUACGCUAAGGCUUGUAGCACAAAUAAAGAUGACGAUGAAUAUGAAAAACACGGAAUUGAAUUUAGAGUUUAUGCGACCAGAAUUGGAUUUAAAAAUUUUAGUGAUAAUUAUUGGAUUAAAUUUGGUGUCAAUGUUAAAGUUGGGGUUUCCUUUUCAGAGAAAACGAUUCAAUUUGGCAAAACAAUUAAAGUAACUGGGAGAAUUGAAAGUUAUCCUGAUGAAGAACCCUAUCUCGGCAUAUUAAAUAGAACAGAAAAUAAUAUUAAAUUAUUUUCAAUACAAUUGGGAACUAAUGGAAUGAAUUUUGCAAUUCUGGCUGAUGAAAUAAAUGGAAAUGUUUAUGAUUAUGGAAGUUCUGUUCUUGCUAAUCUUGAGCAUAAAAACAUUCAAGAAAUUGUGGAAGAGGUAGAUUAUAAAUUUUGUUACGGGAAGAUUGUAAAGAAAGGAAAAAUCGGUAAUAAAAUAACACAUAUAUUCCUCGUCUAG